AUCAGCUGCUUGAUAAGGGAAGUCCCUCCCAGUCUGAUUUGCACACUGACAUUUCCCAACACAAGAUUUCCACGUUGGGAGAUCAGCGGUGACCGACCUUCAUCUCCAAUGGCGGCCAAUGAGGAAAAUGCUGACGCUGUGGAUGGAUCAGAAGGGGAAACGAAAUCUGUCAAGGCCAGGAAGAGAAAAGUAAAGGAGACGCUUUCAUCCUUGAACAUGACUGUUGGAGAGCAUUUUGACCCUCCUGUAAUCGCGGUCUUGGGAUCGGGGGGUGGACUCCGUGCCAUGAUUGGUUUUCUGGGAACAAUUUCCAAACUGGCCGAACUCAACCUUUUAGGUGCCGUUACUUACAUUGCUGGGAUAUCUGGAUCAACAUGGUGUAUCUCCUCUCUGUAUUCUGAAAGUGACUGGUCAGACUUUUCACGUAUGGAAGGGCUGGAGAUUGAGUUAUGUGAGCAAAUCAAAUCCGAGAAUGAGCGGGACUGGACCGAGCCAUGGAAGAAGAUGAAAGAGAAAUUUCUUGGAAACUCCUUCUCUCUGACAGAUUUUUGGGCCUAUACAUUUGUGUUCUCCGUUAUAAAUGUAAUCAAUGAAGGAAAGCUUUCCAGUCACCAGAAGAUGUGCGAGGAUGGUAAAGUCCCAUAUCCCAUCUACUCUGCUGUGGCACAGGAUAAAAUCCAUGAACAUGAUUCAGAAGUUUGGUUUGAGUUCACCCCACACAGGUCCGGAUUUCCUUCCAACAAAUGCUAUGUAAAGACUGAGCAUCUGGGAUGUCUGUUUAAAGAAGGACUUUUAUUGGAGGAGCAGCCAGAACAUGACUUGAUUUAUCUUCAAGGACUGUGGGGCAGUGCACCCGGCGCUGAUUGGAUGAUGUUGUUCGUUCGAAAAACCUACAAGAAACUGAAAGAAAUCAUAACUGGAGCAAAAGACGGAACUGUGAGCUUCUUCAGCAGAACCUGGACAAGAAUCAAGAGUUGGUAUACUGGCAAAAAGGAAGAAGUGCCAUCUGACCCGAUAUUCCUGGUACUAGGAGCGGUCCAAGAAAAAUCCUGGUCUGAAUAUUUACAAGAUGUCUAUAUGAAUGCUAAAGUGAUAAAGAACCUCACAUCUUGUCUUGCGCACUGGAAAUGGGGAACAUUAAACAAUUUCCUCUACAAAUGCAAAGAUAAAAUCCCGGAAGGCUCCCACCUCUUUGGCACAAAGCAAAUCAGUCUGGUGGACGCCGGGUUGGAAAUUAAUACUCCGUACCCGUUGGUGUUGCCUCCUUAUCGCAAAGUAGAUCUGAUUUUGUCUUUCGACUUCAGUCAAGGAGAUCCAUUCGAGACCUUGAAAAAAACUGCUGAAUACUGUGAGGAGCACAAGAUCCCCUUUCCGAACACUGAAGAAAGUUAUGAGUACCCUCCAACAAAAAGCUGCUACGUCUUUGAAGGAGAUGGAAAAGAGAUUCCCGAUGUGAUGCACUUUCCUCUCUUCAACACCCAGACCUGUGGAGAUGCUGAAAAAAUAAAGACAUUGAUCAAGACGUACGCCACACGUGUUCAUUCCUAUGACGACUCUAUGAUGAAAAAAUUGCUCGACAUAGCGAAGAAAAAUGUGGAGAACAGCCUGGACCAGAUGAAAUACAAAAUCAAACAAUGUGUUUGGAGGAGUAACCAGGAGUGAGAUGGAACAAAAUGUCUGCAACUUGGAUAACAUUUGUAUAGAAGGCCAUUAGGACAAACAAAGGUCGUUCUCGGAGAGAUUCAUCGAUUUGUAGUUCUCCUUUAACCAUCUGAGGAUAUUAAAAAUAAGAGAUGUCCAAAAAAUAAAAAAUCUGCAUGUGACCAUCACUAGAUCACUAGAUACACAUCUUAUGUAUGCAAUUGGAAGGUGGACAUUUUGUGUUCUGACUCUGAUGGUUGGGCUUGGGUUCUGACUCUGAUGGUUGGGCUUGGGUUCUGACUCUGAUGGUUGGGCUUGGGUUCUGACUCUGAUGGUUGGGCUUGGGUUCUGACUCUGAUGGUUGGGCUUGGGUUCUGACUCUGAUGGUUGGGGGUUAUCAUCCAUAUCUACAUGUUUUUCUAUUUUACGGAGAUCAUUUUGAGGGGGAGGGUCUUUGGUAAAGGGGUUCCAAUGUUUAUCUAAACUUAUUUUAAAUCACAAAAUCAUGCAUUGUAUCUGAUAAUAAAAUUGACACUUUGACUAUA